GUUUGGAAAACAAGAAUUCAGAGAAGACUCCGUUCGAAAAUGCGCUUCGCUUUGCCUCAUUCAUCCUCGUUACAUUUUAAGUUUGAGUUUUCACGCUGUGAAGCACAACCAAUUUUAUGUGAUAGCUACAAAACCUCGAAAUACAGACAGAUUAAUAGCCUAUUGAUAAUCUGAACAAGAGAGUAUAAGCGUCUCGUCUAUAAUAUGCUAUAAAAUUGUUUUAAACAGCGCAGAUGCAUCGUUUCUCUAAAAACUGAAUAGGCCUAAAAUACUUUAUUUAAAUAUCUUUUUCCGUCGGUGAAUUAGGAAAUAGCCUGCAUUUGAUUUGAUAUUCAUUUUCAAUUAGCCUAAAGAUAUGUAUAGCCUAGUUAAACAUGGUAUAUCAAAUAUCUUUUUCUUUUAUGCAGGUAAGAGAAUAUAGUUAGAUUGUGGUUAAAUAGGUCCAAAUAUUAAAAUAAACUGACUCCGACAUUGAAAAGGUUAUUAAAAGGAAAAUCCUCCAUUUAUGCUAUCCAUUAAAAUCUGUGAAAAUUUUCUCAAGCAGCCAUUUCUUUCCGUCAAACUUGAUCAAGCUUAGCUUUUUGCAUCAGUUUAAUAUUGAUACAUUUUCUUAUAUUAAAUAUAGCUAUAUCAAAUAUAUAUAAACACAAACCAGCAAGGACCUUUUCUGUAUCGUUAGUUAUUCCGAAACAUUCAGAACAUUAAUUCGACUCAUUUUAUUAUAUUAUUCCAACACUUGCAGUUUUAAUUUCCAUAUAAGAAUCGCUGGUAUUCAUCGUAAAUAUUCAUUCAUUCGUCAGUAAAUGAUAAUUAAUAAUAAAAGUAUAGUAAAAGUACAAUCAAAUAAUCUUUGCUAUUUGAAUUACAAUUGCUUUUGAUAAUUGCCCGCUCAGUUAAUUAGUAGCCUAUGAAAACUACGGGUGAACUAAGCAUCUUAUUUAGCUCGUGCUUUUGUGUGUGUGUGUGUGUGGUGAAGUGGGCGUGGGAGUCGGUCGGUGUGUGGGUGGUCACGUCUAUAUAGGAGGCAUGACAAGAGUCAAUAUCAAAUCCAUCUUUUCCUCUGCGUGUCCAGAUACACGAUAAAACAUGCACCAAGAGCUCUAGAUCUCCAACAUAAUUUUUUAUUUUUAUUUUUUAUCAUUAACAUCUUUUUGAUUUGAUAAUUUUACACAGUCUUCGUUUUAUUUGAUCACUGUUCAGGGAUACGCUAAAGUCACAGACGCAUCUGUGAGGGUGAUGGACUUCACAGCAGAUGAGGAGCUGGAGGAGUUGUGUCCGGUGUGUGGAGAUAAAGUGUCCGGAUAUCAUUACGGCCUUCUUACCUGCGAAAGCUGUAAGGGUUUUUUCAAGAGGACGGUUCAGAAUAACAAGAGAUACACGUGCACACAGAACCAGGACUGUGGCAUUGACAAAACCCAGAGGAAGAGAUGCCCCUACUGUCGCUUCCAGAAGUGCCUCAGCGUCGGCAUGAGACUCGAGGCUGUCCGUGCAGAUCGAAUGAGAGGAGGAAGGAACAAGUUCGGUCCCAUGUACAAGCGGGACCGUGCCCUGAAACAGCAGAAGAGAGCUUUAAUCAGAGCCAGCGGCUUUAAAAUAGAGGCCAACCCAUCCCUCCUGUCCAGCACCCAGACAGAAUACCCGCUUCCCGGCUCGCUCUCAUGUCUCCAUCCCACUUCUCUGUCCUCUCCGGAGUACGACUGCCCUCCGCUCUGCCCCCCGGCCCUGGGUGUAGCACUGCAGAGCUAUGGCUCAUUCCCAGCUCAGUACCAAUACACUGCUCCCUCCUUACCGAGUAGAUCGAUUAAAGCCGAAUACACAGACGCAUACUCCAGCUCACCAGACUCCUCACUAGGGUACUCUUACCCUGACGGCUGCAUGCCUGCAUCCCCACACACCAGCCCCAUGAACCCCGGCUUGCCCCCGCUGGUGCUCGAGCUGGUCAGCUGUGAUCCAGAUGAGGAGCAGGUGAGAGGGAAGAUCUGUGCGUACCUUCACCAGGAGCAAAGCGGCAAGGGGAAGCUGGACAAACCGCGGCCGUUCAGCCUGUUGUGUGUCAUGGCAGAUCAGACAUUGUUCUCAAUAGUGGAGUGGGCAAGAAGCUGUGUCUUCUUCAAGGAACUAAAGGUAGGAGAUCAGAUGCGACUGCUGCAUAACUGCUGGAGUGAGCUGCUGCUUCUCGAUCAUAUCUGCAGACAGGUGCAUCAUGGGAGAGACAACAGUCUGCUACUCAUUACAGGACAGGAGGUGGAUCUGUCGGCCGUGUCUGACGCGGGACCUCCUCUGGCCAGUAUGGUGCAGAGAGGACAGGAGCUGGCCAUGAGACUGCAGCUGCUGCAGGUGGACAGAAGAGAGAUGGCCUGUCUGAAGUUCCUCAUCCUCUUCAACCCCAAUGUGAAGCUCCUGGAGAACCAGCAGUAUGUGGAGAGCAUUCAGGAGCAGGUGAACAGCGCUCUGCUCGAGUACACGCUCUACUCUUACCCUCAGUGUCUGGACCGCUUCAGUCAGCUCAUACUGCGGCUGCCUGAGGUCCGGUCGCUCAGCGCGCAGGCCGAGGACUUCCUGUGCUACAAGCACCUGUGCGGAGAAGUACCGUGCAACAAUCUGCUCAUAGAAAUGCUUCACGCCAAGAGGUCCACCGCCGUGUGAAAGUGACACUGCUUUGAGGGUUUAAGCCAUAUGCGCAAAAUGGAUGGUGAACAGUUUUCCAAAGGCAAUUCUUUCUUACCUUAUGUGAUGAAUGUACAGAAUUUCUUCAUUUUAAAUCAUUUGAGCAUGACAAUCACUGGUGGACGCGGAGGUGUUUUUAUAGUGUCUUCUUCGUGCCGUUAUUCUCUUGGCUAAGCGUGAUCUCUGUAGUCUAAGAGCGAUGUUUCAUCUGAACGCUUAUUUAUGUAUCUCUGUUAUUUUAUCUUAAUGCUCCUGUGCUUUUGAAUGGAUGAUGAGUAUUGUAAUUUCUUUGUUUUUCAAAUACAUUUAUUAAGUUAGUAUUUAAAAAACAUUCCAAAAGGGCCUGUCCAAAAAUGAAUCGAAUGAAGCAAAAGAAUGUAUUUAUUGAAAUAAUGUAAUUAACAGUAUCAAUUAAACUAUUUAAAGCACAUUUUUACAUAGAUUACACAUUUGUUUGUCUUUCCA